AUGAGGUUUGUAAGGCAGCCAACCACUCAGGCAGCUAACCAGGCAACCAAUGAGCAAGCAAGGCAGUCAGCAAAAUUAGCAAACAAGAAGGCCAACCAAGCAACCACCAUUCAAGCAAGGCAGCCACCUAGAUCUACAAGCAAGGCAGCCAACCAGCAAGCAAGGCACCCACCUGGACCAGUAAACAAGAAGGUCAAGCAGACAACCAAUCAACUAACAAGUGGGGUAGCUAGCCAUUCAACAAGAAAGCCAACCACCCAUCAAGCAAGUCAACAAGUCAACCAGCCACAAAAGCAGCCACUGAGGCAGCCAACUGAAACAUCUGUUUCAGCUUCAAGCAGACCACCACCAUCUGCAGCAGAUUCAAGCAGGCCACCAGCAAGUAAAGCACCCACAACUCAAUGGUUCCAGCCCAUCUCUUGUACUCCUAAGGAAACAUGGGACACAAGAAACCUCUAUCUCAGGGGGUUGGUACCACCAAGGGUAGUUGGGAGCAGUCAUCUAUUCUCAUAUGGGAGAGGAGGUGGAAUAAGAGUUGAGACAUCUGGUGCAAUGUUCUCAACAGGCAAGGGCAAAGGCAAGGACAAGGUCUUUGGGAAAUGA